CAUAAUAAUAGAGAUCUCAAUGGUUCAUGAGUAUAAUAGAACAACCAUCACCAAACCAACUGCCAUUUCUUCAUCUCAAAGCCACUACCAGCAAUCAAAUAGUUCAAUGGAUUUGGAAAGAAAAAGGGUAGCAGCUAAUUCAUCAAGAAAUGGGGUGGUGAUGGGUUCUGUUUGGGAGAGUAGAAUGAAAGGUAGCUUCAAAGUCUUCAAUGGUGAUGACAAGAAUAUGAAUCAAACACAAGAAAUGGAAAAACCCACUGAAACUGAGACUACUGGUGAGAUGGAGAAGGUGGGUUUGAGAUCCAAACAGAGCUCUAAUGGAGUCGGUGGUGGUGUUGGAAAGAGGAAAACAUGGAAAUCUGAUGGUGGUUCUGAGAGAAUCCCAGCUCAGAUCCCAAAGGUUAGAUCUGAAAACAAGAAAAUGUUGAGUGAAUUGAGUAAGGAAUUGAGUGUUUCCAUGGAUGGAAAUGGGAUCAAGAAAAGCCCAGUUCAGAUGAAGAAGGAGAGACUGGAAUGGAAUAAGGAACAGAGUGUUUCCAUCGAGAGAAGCCCAGUUCAGAGGACCACAAAGACUCGAUCUUUAUCAAGAAUAGGAAGUACGACUAGCGAUUUAAGUGAUGGAAUUGAGAGAGUCAAGUCAUUGCCAACAACAGGAACUCAAAUUAGCAUUGAUUCCAACCAUGGAGUUGAAGAAAUUGAGGGGGAAUACAGAGAUGAUAAAGAGAUGAAGAAUAAUAGAUCUGAUUCUAGUCAAAGCUUAGAUGAAUUAGGUGUUGUUUGUGAGGAGAAACAGAUGACAGAUGAUUUGAGGAAAGACAUCUCUCCUCAGAUUUUAGAUGCUGAAGAUUAUGAAGAAGAUGAACUAGCUUCUAAUAAGGCAACAAUGGAGGAAAAUGAAGAAAUUAAUGAAGAAAGAAGCAUUGUUGUUGUUAAAGAAAUGGAACCCAUUUCCACAAUCAGCAAAAAGAAGUCCCCAGAUGUCGUAAUUGAAGAAAAGAAAAUUCAUCAGCGAAAUGAAAGAUCAAACCCCGUUUCAAGAACAAUCAGAAAACAACCUCCUCCUGUUGUAAAUCAUCCCAGAAUCAUUUCAAAACCAAAUGAAUUCCCAUCACAGAGAGUUCCCAGAUCCCAUAGCAAAUUGCACAGUUUCAUGGAUUUAAUCAUGUGGAGAGAUGCAUCAAAAUCAGCACUAAUUUUUGGUUUUGGGACAUUUUCUAUUCUUUCAUCAUCAUAUACUCAAGAUCUCAAUAUCAGUUUUAUUUCUGUAAUUUCAUAUCUGGGUCUCAUCUAUCUUGCUGCAAUCUUCAUCUUCAGAUCCUUCAUUUACAGGGGUGUUGUAGAAGCAGAUAAUAUUACAGAUGAUGAAGAAUGUGUUCUUGGUGAAGAAGAAGCAAUUUGGGCAUUAAAAUUGUUCCUCCCUUACAUCAACGAAUUCCUUUUGAAAAUCAAAGCUCUGUUUUCAGGUGAUCCUGCUACUACAAUGAAGUUGGCAGUUCUGCUAUUUGUUUUGGCAAGAUGUGGCAGCUCCAUAACCAUUUGGAAAUUGGCGAAAAUGGGUUUUUUUGGGGUUUUUACAGUGCCUAAGAUAUGCUCCUCUUAUUCUUCUCAACUGACUGCAUAUGGUACAUUCUGGGUUCGACGCUUCAAGGAUGCAUGGGAAUCGUGCUCUCAAAAGAAAGCUGUUGCUAUUGGUGUUUUCACCCUUGUUUGGAAUCUUUCCUCAAUCAUUGCUCGUACUUGGGCAGUGUUCAUGUUGUUGGUUGCAUUCAAAUAUUAUCAACAAUCCAUGAUGAAAAACGAAGAUAUUGAGGAAGAAGUACCAACGCAACCAAGGAAUCAAAGUUCUUGGCAGGAACAAAGAAACGCAAAAGUUCUCAUGCCAAAGGAAAGCAAGAAAUUAAGAAAAAGAACUUGAUCUGAUCAGCUCGACGACAAGGAUAUAGAAAUAAGUUGUAUUAUAAAGGAAUAAAAAUUCAUAUUUUGGAUGGUUUUGCGACGAAUUUAAUAUACGGGAAGAAAAUGGAUGAAAUUUGUUUCAUGUUCUC